ACGAUGCCGUCAAAGAGCUUUCCGGAAGCUCGUAUCUUUUUUCAGUAAACGAUUCAUCAUCAUCUUGCAUCUUCUCCUUCAGCUUCUCCUUCAAGGCAUAGUAAUACUAAAAAUCAACAGGCAGUUUGUUUACAGUGUAAGGCUGUUAAGAUUCUUUGAUCCUUAACCUAAAAAUGGUGCUGCUUGAACCUCACAACACUGAACAACAUGAAGAAGCCACGAAAGCGACUCCAUCAUCAUCCCAAACGACGUCUGAUUCAGCCGCCGCAUCAUCAAAUGUGCACGGAGGAGAUGCUGCCUCCGAUGGAUUCGAAACAGCAAGCGAACGUGACGUCAGCGACAACGAAGAAGACCACGCCCACGAUCAACAACCAACCGAACAAAAAGGAUCCGAUUCUUAUCAAGAUGCCUUAAACGAAGACCAAUUGAAAGAGAAAGCGUUGGCACAAGCAAAUGAUGCAAAAAUGGAAGGAAAUAAAUUGUUUGGAAACGGGCAAUACGAGGAGGCAUUGUUACAGUAUGAGAUUGCUCUGCAAGUUGCGGCGGAGAUGCCUACUUCCGUUGAAAUUCGAUCCAUUUGUCAUUCGAAUCGGGCUGUUUGCUUUUUGAAGCUGGGGAAAUAUGAGGAAACCAUCAAGGAAUGUACCAAAGCACUGGAACUUAAUCCUUCUUAUAUAAAAGCUCUUGUUAGACGAGGAGAAGCUCAUGAAAAGCUUCAACAUUAUGAAGAGGCUAUUGCUGAUAUGAAGAAGAUAUUGGAAUUAGAUCCUUCUAAUGACCAGGCUAGGAAGGCCAUUCGCCGCUUGGAACCACUGGCUGCAGAAAAAAGAGAAAAGAUGAAAGAGGAGAUGAUGGGAAAGCUAAAAGAAAUGGGAAACUCAAUUCUGGGUCGAUUUGGGAUGAGUGUUGACAACUUCAAAGCUGUCAAAGAUCCAAACACGGGCUCGUAUUCAAUAUCAUUCCAACGCUGAUAUAGUCGCUAGCUAUAUUUUCUUCGGUGGAAAAUGCAGUGAGAAUGAAGGCAACAUUCAGAUUGAUACAAAAUAUAGGCCCGGGAUUGAUUUAUAUGCAAGAUAUGAUUGCAAGUAAAAGUGUAGCACUUAAAAACUCAUAGUCAG